AUGCCCAAAAGCACCCCAAAGAGUAUCUUCCGCCAUGGCACAUUCAACACUGAGGCUCUGUGUGCCUUGGCAACCAAAUAUCGCAAUGGUGUACCUUGCUCCUGCGAUCUCGCCCAACACCCGAUGAAUGGCAGUUUCAACUGGGCAAUAACUGUUCACUUUGAAGACAGUAUUGAAUGGAUCAUGCGAUCACCAAGAUCCGGUUAUGAUCAAUUUUCCAAUGAAAUAAGUGGGCGACUUCUUUCAAGUGAGGCUGCAACUCUGAAUGCUUCUUCCGAUAAUCCAAUCGGCGUUCCUUAUAUCUUGAUGAGCAAGGCGCAAGGGAUGUCACUUCAGGAAUUCUGGAAAAUCAACCCUUCCAUGGACGGUCUAACCUUAACAAAGAAAGCAAAAGUCAUGUCGCAGCUUGAUGAAAUCACAUGGAAACUGGCACAGGUUCGGUUUGACCGCAUCGGCUCACUUUUUGAAGGCGAUAGCGAGGCUUAG